UUCUUCCAGAUCAGCGUCAGCGAGGGUUUCACAUAGCUUCCAUUGCGUUCAGAGCAGAGCUGCAGGAGGUCUGAAAAUGGGGAAAUCAUCGUCCACGGCGGCAAAGGAUGCUCAGGCGCUUUUCCACUCGCUCCGUUCAGCUUACGCCGCCACUCCGACGAACCUCAAGAUCAUCGAUCUGUACGUCAUGUUCGCUGUCUUCACCGCUGUGAUUCAGGUGGUUUACUUGGCUAUUGUUGGAUCAUUCCCUUUCAACUCCUUUCUUUCGGGAGUUCUUUCUUGCAUAGGCACAGCAGUUCUUGCUGUUUGUCUCCGUAUUCAAGUGAACAAAGAAAACAAAGAAUUCAAGGACUUGCCGCCUGAACGUGCUUUCGCAGACUUUGUUCUCUGCAAUUUGGUGCUUCAUUUGGUGAUUAUGAACUUCCUUGGAUGAAGUUGGGAUCCCAGGAGGGCGGUAGGAAUAUUGCUUAAGGAAAUAGUUCUGUAUCCAUCCAGCCACUGUUUUGCCUCUGAUUUUAGCAUACAGACUUGAACAACAUCAGGAUUGGAAUAUUUCUCGAUGUCAGGAUUUUCAUGCUGCUGUGUAAACAUCGUUUAGUUAAUUUCAGUUGCUUAUGUCUCUUUUGGCGGAAAAUGUUGUUGGGAAAAUUUCGGCCUUUACUGUUAUUAUAUCAUCUCUGUCAUGGGAAUUGGAGCUGA